AUGGCGGACGGCGACAGCGGCAGCGAGCGCGGCGGCGGCGGGCCCGGCGGCUUCCAGCCCGCGCCCCGCGGCGGCGGCGGCGGCGGCGGCGGCGAGCAGGAGACGCAGGAGCUGGCGUCGAAGCGGCUGGACAUCCAGAACAAGCGCUUCUACCUGGACGUGAAGCAGAACGCCAAGGGCCGCUUCCUGAAGAUCGCCGAGGUGGGCGCGGGCGGCUCCAAGAGCCGCCUCACGCUGUCCAUGGCGGUGGCCGCCGAGUUCCGAGACUCCCUGGGCGACUUCAUCGAGCACUACGCGCAGCUGGGUCCCAGCAGCCCCGAGCAGCUGGCGGUGAGCGCGGAGGAGGGCGGCGGGCCGCGGCGCGCGCUCAAGAGCGAGUUCCUGGUGCGCGAGAACCGCAAGUACUACCUGGACCUCAAGGAGAACCAGCGCGGCCGCUUCCUGCGCAUCCGCCAGACCGUCAACCGCGGCGGCGGCGGCUUCGGCGCGGGCCCGGGGCCCGGGGGCCUGCAGAGCGGCCAGACCAUCGCGCUGCCCGCGCAGGGCCUCAUCGAGUUCCGUGACGCGCUGGCCAAGCUCAUCGACGACUACGGAGGAGACGACGACGAGCUGGCCGGCGGCCCCGGAGGCGGUGCCGGCGGCCCCGGGGGCGGCCUGUACGGAGAGCUCCCGGAAGGCACGUCCAUCACGGUGGACUCCAAGCGCUUCUUCUUCGACGUGGGCUGCAACAAGUACGGGGUGUUCCUGCGGGUGAGCGAGGUGAAGCCGUCCUACCGCAACGCCAUCACCGUGCCCUUCAAGGCCUGGGGCAAGUUCGGAGGCGCCUUCUGCCGGUAUGCCGACGAGAUGAAGGAAAUCCAGGAGCGACAGCGGGAUAAGCUUUAUGAGCGUCGCGGCGGGGGCAGCGGCGGCGGCGACGAGUCCGAGGGCGAAGAAGUGGACGAGGAUUGAAACCAGGCAGCUUGCCCUCCCGGCCUCCCCCCCACCCCGUCACCAUCCCGCUUGGCUAGAGCGUUCCCUUUCCUGCUCAUUCCCCACUCAGUUAGUGGAGAAGGGAGCAAGGGGGCCGCAGAAGGAGAAAACGAAAUUUAAAAAAAUAAUAAUAUACUUAAUAACCAUAAGAAAACAGUCACAAUUAGAGAAAAGCAGUAAAGUUCCAAGGAACUGCCAGCCACCUGCGAGGGGAGGACAGCCGCGUCUCCUCACCUGCGAAAGCGUCUCAGCUUCUGUUGUUUCCCAGCCGAGGUUUGUAAAUUUCAUCAGGAUAACCCUGGAGGGGAUAGAUCUUCCUACGUCUGGGACAAAAACCACCUCUGAGUUACCCAGACCUGUUCAUUUAUAAUAGUUGAGUUUUUGUCAUACCUGGGUAAUUUUAGUCUGAUGAGCUCUCCAGGCCUCACUGUGGCAGCAUCUAUCCCUUCACCUCCAUUGAAAUCAGCAUUUUGGAUUUAGAUCUGAAUGGAAUCUUUGAGAAGAGGCCUUUGCAGUUAUCCAGUUCUGAGUACAGGUUUAUGAAAAGGAAUGCAAUUUUACACAAUCAUAGGGCAAAAUAAGAAUUUAAGAAGCCAUCGGAGAAUUCAGAAACAAAUUGGGUCCAUUAAAAAAAAAAAAGGUUUUGCAUGGAAUCUGGACCAAGGCCAGUGCUUAUUUCUUUGUAGAACUGUUUCCGGGAUGCAAACACAUUCAGAUAUCGAUGCUUGAACUAGAAUCCAUUACUGAAAUAGUUUGAAAAAAUAAAGCAAUUUUACAUUGGGGAUUGCUAAGGUAGGCACAAGAAGUCAGGCAUAAAGCACAAGGCAGACUGUUUGAGUGGAUUGGUUGCUGCUCACUAAAGUUCUUCCCUUGAUCUCUAAAUGUGGAGAUCAUUACCAAGAAAUGGUUUAGGUAUCAAUGAGAGCCAGAUCCCUGUGGCUCCACUGUGUGAGCCAGUGAAUUAAGGCUAAUUCGGCUGUUAAGGCCACUGGUUGGCUACAUUUUAAACCGUAAAACUUGACUAUCUGCAAAAGGAACUGUGGCUAUAGGCCUGAGCUUUAAUGAAGUAUACAUGCUCACAGAAGUUGGAAAUAACCAAAACUGAAGUCUUAAUUUACCUUCAGUUUAAUCUGUGGAUUUAUUCAAAUACUAAAGUUCCUCAGGUCCACAAUUCCAGCGUCAUUUAUUCUUUUAAAAUAAAUUUUUAAGAACUUGUUCCAUUGUGUUCAGUACCUCACAAAGUUGGCAAAUGAUGGAUGAGUGAUUCAAGCAGUGCACCCGGUGGAAGCUGAAAUCCAUCUGUGAAUGGAACUGAAGUGAACGUGAAUGCUGACUAUAUCCUGGAAGCGUUUUUAUACCAUCUUGAAGUUUCAACAAACUGGCAUUUGCCAGUUUAUCCAGCUGUCUUUCAAGAAUAAAAGUUGGGGUUUUCAAGGAUUGCCUCUUAUAUAUUUUAAAUGGAUUUUCAGUAGAGAUGAUUUUUACUAAUCUAGUUAAUCCUGCCCAUCAAAAGGUAUUCCUAGAAAUGUCUUUGACCUAGGUAACUUUGAAUUGAAUGGGAGCUAAUGUGCUUUCCAAAGUCUUCAGGUAUUUGACACCUUCUCAACCAGGAGGCAAGUAACCCCACCUCCACAAUCUUAGUAUUUUUUUUAAUUGCAUGCCUGCCCUUUACUUGAGCUGCCUUUUUAAUUUAUUGCAUAUCCUUUUUAUUAUCUUAUUUUGGUAUUAUUCAAUCUAUACAAUCUUUUUGUAUUUAUUGGGAAGUAAGUAAUAUACAAAAAGGUCAUUUUCAUGUAUUUGUGGCUGAAAUGGAGGGACAUAAUUGUGUAUAUAAAAUUAGGCUUUUUUUUAAAAAAAAGAGACUAUGAUUCCAAAUACUGUUGAUUUUAGACUUAAAAAUUGAAGAGCCACAAACAUUGGUGCCCUUUUCAGACUAUUUCUCUACUCUCAUCAUCCACAGUAGAAUUUUUAAACAGGUUUUUUUUUUAAAGCUUUUCUUUUAAAUUUUUCUCCGUUGCAAAGAAUGUUUCCUAAAUUGUAUGGGAGCAAUAGUAUUUUUGAUGUUUUAAUGACAUCCGUAUACUUGUACUGUAUUUUGUACUACAAGGCAGCUGUUUUCAAUAAUGUCCUGCUGUAUUCUAUGUGUUUUGAGUGUUUAUUUCUUUGCUGCGGAGAACAAAUUCCUGGUUUUAGAAAAGGAGCUGAGAAGUUAGCAUUAGGUUUGUGGAAACUGUUUAUAAGUUUCAAUCUCUGAGGCAGCAAUGAAAAUCAAGGUUGCUAUUAGUUGAUUGCUGUAACUUUUUGAUUUCAAAUCAUGUACAAUUCCUGUAUAGACCAAACUUGUUUUCUUGCUUCAGUGGUGGUUCUGUUGCUCAGCUGCAGUGAGCCAGUUCAAUUUUGCAAAGGUGCAGUACCUCUCCUUUUCAAGGGGUUGGUUUAUUAUUAUUUUCUUUUUAUUUGGCUGAAUUGCAGUAACUAGCCUUGCCUUUCUAUUCUGUAGAAAUGACAGGGUCUUCACAAUCCUUCACCGUGGCUACUAAGCUAUAAUUAGCUGAAUAGAAAGAAUGUGGAAGUGGUCUAAGGCAUAUAGAGUAUAUGCCAAGAACACUACCAUAUAUGGCAUCAGCUUUGGUUACCAGAGAAAUUUUCUUAGUCAUUAGACCAUAUAACAGUAAUAUAUCAUAUGUAAAUCUUUCGAUAUCAAUUUGAGAAUCCUCCAAAAAAAGGAGCAAAGAAUGCAUAAGCUAUGUGUUGGCAAAAGUAAUUUAUAUUAAAAUUUUGACCUGCCUAUGUAAGAUUAAGUGGUAAAUGUCAUAGUGGUGGGUUUUUAAGUCUUAACCAAUCUCUAAGGUUUAUUUCUCCUGCACGGGGUGGUUCAUGGCCUCUCUUCCCACUGUAGGAAGAUUGCAGAAGGAUGUGGAUUAAUUGUAGCAUUUCACUGAUCCUCAUUCCAGACACUAGGGACAAUAGAAAUCUGCAAAGCAUGGAGAUUUGUUCAUAAAUAUUAGCUUAUUAAAGGAAAUGGUCUUUGUUAAUUCCAGUCAGAUAAUUGGAUUGUACAAACUGAGAAACAACUUUUUUGCUUUUGUUUUUGUUUUUCUAACUGCUUCUAUGAACGAUUUAGAGUUUGUUUUUCUUUUGAAAUUUGGUAAAUAUCCCAGCUAAUGAAAAUGGUUACAUUCCUAAGAAGAAAGGAACUAAACUCCCUUUCAAAUUAUUGGUGAAAUGUUUCUCAAACUAUUGUAUACAGAGGCGUGAAGUCAAUUAGGAAUAGAAUCAACAAGGAAAAAAAAAUGUGCCUACUUCUCCUUCUUGGUUUCUAUUGUCCCUACACAUUUCAGCAAGUGGAACAACAGUUUCAUCAGCAAAUAUUUCAGUGCAUAUGCUGCACAAAACAAAAAUCUGUAUGGCACCAAAAAUCAAAGCAAACCAAAAACCCAAACACCCUAUGUAUCUGUUGGAGGCAUGUAGGUGGUAUAAAUGACUGUAGCUGUGAUGCACACAUGGCUGCUUGUCGUGUCACUUUCCAUAAUUAUUUACUGCAAAAUGAUUGAGAGGAUUUUGGUGCAGGCAGCCAUUAACCUCCUGCUUGCUUUGUUACCUUUGGAUCACUUUGCAGUAAAUUGCAGGUCUUUUAAGAGAGUCAAGCUUCGGUUUUCUCAAAACAAAACAAUUAUCCUGUCUUAUCUGAAAAUGCAGGGUUGUGGGCAAAAGAGGCUGGUUAUAAUAAUGCCCUCAUAUUGAGUGGUCUGUAAACGGCUACACACUAAGGCACUAUAGUUGCUGAGAAUGCUUUGUUACAUGUGACCUUGACUGGUUUUACCGGGUGUAGAAUAUAAUCUACACACAGAGCAACUAUUUGUAUCUACCUUGCUCUUGAGGUGGAUGAACAUGAGAAGCUGGAGUGUGUGAGCCAUGCACAUAAGUAUUCUUCACUGUAAAUUUUGUUUUCAUUUUUAACCCAAUUAUGGUACUUUGUCCAAUGCACAACUGAUCUCUCAGUAGAUAUUCAUUUGAAAAUAGUGUGGCCUUGAACAGUGAGAAGGGGAAGAAGUGACUUUUUUGCUUAUGUAAAAAUGACUUGUUUGCUGAGAAUAGUCGUUCUGCAGCACUCUUAAUAGAAUGUUUUUGUUUGGGGAAAGUUGAUGUUUUUGACCCUGGAAGCUAGUUCAAUUGAAUUUUUGUCUAUUUUUAGGAAGAUCAGAAUUGCUCUGAUGAAUAACAAAAUUGACUGCUUUGAGGUCCAAUCUCAGGUUUUAGAAUAUAGUGGUAGGAAAGCCCAGUAUUGCUAAUUCUUAAAACAAUUUUAAUUUAAUAUACCCUAAAAGUCACAUGCAUAAGGCCUGUUCAGAGAGCAGAGCCUCCAUCAUUUUUGCUCCUUUUCCACUUUGUGCUUCACUUGAAAAAGUGUCAAGUGAUUUUGCAUUGCCUAUUUCCGUUUAACCCCUGACAUACUUCUCAAAGAUAUAAAGCACUUUUUUGAAACACGUGAAUCAUGGUUUCUCAGGCUCCCCUAGAUAAUCUGCUUAUGAAUAUUGUUCUAACUCUAUGUAAAGAGAGUAGAGAUCUUUGCUAAUGCUAGAAAGUUUAUAUUAUUGAUCCAGAAUGCAUUUUGCUAGUUUCCAAUGGAUGGGAGAGUAAACAAUGCUGCAUUCACAAUUUAAUAAGUUACUUUCCCUUGAGCCUUAAGGUAACUUUUUCUUUUCUGUCAACAAUAGCACUGAAGUUGUAGUAAAUGAAUGAGAUUAUCAGUUUUCAGGGUUGGUUUUAGAGUACUGUAAAUCAAUUAGCUGUCUUCCUAAAGAGUUACAACUCCCAUUGAGUUUAUUGAAUAAUGGGUGUGGGGAGGGGGGCUAGGGAAGGGGGAGGAAUAGUUUAUAGAAAAGAAAAAAGAAAAAAAAAGAUUUACCUUAAGAAAAUAUAGACAAAAAAAAGUUCAUGUCCUGUCCUCUUUGAAAUUCCAGAUGUAAGGUAGAAAUGGCAAAUAAAACUUCAUUUCUCCUGCUUUAAAUUUAGAAAAAUUAAGUUAUUUUCACUUAGCCCCCAGUUAUACUGAUGUAUCUAACAUUAUAUUGUUUUAAAGUCGCCUUUCUCAGUCUUCAGUUUUCAGACUUAGUUUCCACUACAAAAAGAUUUAACUUUUACUAAUGAAUGUGAUCCAGUUGUCAGUGCUAAAACUUAAAUUUGGAAAAUGGAAAUAUAAUAAAAAUUGCAUCAUAAAAUCUUAUUACCCUAGUGAUUGAUGCCCACUUGCUAUCUGUACCCCUAAUCCAAGUAAGGCCUUUAUGAAUGUAUUUUAUAUUUCCUAAUGAAGUAGGACAUAAUGUCAUCAAUGUAAUCACUUGGAUUCACAAUCUUCAUUUGAAAAUCUAAUGCCUCUUGUAUUAGUCAUUCUAAUUGGGUAGGUAGAGCCAUGUUAAACAAUAUCCAAUGCCAUAUUGAUAGUUCACUGCUCAGUAGGACUUUUAAUGAUGGGGUCAGAACUUUAUUAGAAGUUAAAGCUUUAUCUUUUGUUCAUAGAUGAGUUUUAACAAAAGGUUUUUAACUGUACUUUUCAAUUAACAUGAGAUUUUGAAUAUAGUAAAGCCAAAUUUUAAUUCACCUACAUCAUGUCUGUAAUCCGCUGACGUGAAUGAAAGGGUGUUGGUCAUAUAAUUUCUGUGGGUCCAGAGUUCUGGAGAGCGUGCAGUUAUCUAUCCGUGCCCCAGCAUAUGCAGAAGCCUGAGUGUCUUUCUGCUACAGGAACUCUUCAUUGAUAAAUCUAAGAUUCAUUUAGACUAUCUCUUAUUUCUAAAAGGCAGAAUAAUGUGUGCCUGUGCUGCAAGAUCAAGCUGAUUAGUAAAAUCUUAAUAUUGGGAAUGGAAUAAUAAGAGGAUUGUUUCUUCCCUUUUACAGUUUAUAAGUGCAGAGAGUCCUAAGAACAUGAACACAACCAUAUCACUGAGCAUUUUGUGUUGUAGAAGUUUGGGAACUUCAUUUUAAAAUUACUAGGCAUAAAUAAAGCCCUUUUCUCCAAUCCCAUAUGUCAUACUCCUGUGCACAAAAGCUCUAAGGAGUUCUAGAAGUCAGUAGGUUGGGCAAAAAGUCUAGAAACUUGACCAAGUCAGUGUGACAUGCUUUACAAAGAGCCCAUGGUUAUGCAUUUUGGUAGCAGGCAGGUGUAUUUGAGAGUGUUUGUUUUUUUUCCCCCAGUGACAGUGUUGAAGUUUAUUAGAGUCAUCAGUGUAUUGGACCUUCUUUCUGAAGUCAGAACAGUUGUUACUAGGCAUCUGUUCUUCCUCCUUGUCUUCAUACCGAUGUCCUUCCAGGGGGAUUCUGUACAACCACCAGUCUCCUGAGUGCAGUGCAGAUGACACACUGUUCUCUAGGGAUCGUCACUGCCCGUCUUGUCCACCAGUGGCUUCCUUAGACUAGGCUUUUCACUCCAAAGCUGGGACUGAUGUCCUCAUAGAGAAUCUACAGAAGUAAUUUGAAUUAAUCAAAACCAAAUCUUGAUAGCAGGAGACAGCUUCCUGGUCUAGAUGUACAAUUAGAGUUUAGGUUGGAAAUUACUUUAAAAAGGGUUUUUUUUUGGGGGGGGGGAAUGUCUUCAGUCUCUGUGUAAAUACCAACAUGCUUAUUAUGCAUUGUAAACUAAGUGUGUAUGCCUAUGUAUGAAUUUGUAGAGCUGAUUUCUACUUCAAAUGAAGCUGCACCUUUAAUUUUAUAAGGUCCCCUCCACCUGAAACCUUAUAAAUGUUUGUAAAUAGAACACUAAAAUUUGUAGUGGUAGGAUCAAUUUGGGAAUAUCUGCUGAGAGACCAAAAAGUUCAUUUUUUUAAGUACCUUGGUUAAAGAGUAAAGAUUAUUCCUCUUAUUUUUAAAAGAAGAAUGCACUUUAACAAACAUAGAGCUGCAUGGGCAAUUCAAACAAAUCCAUGAAGUGCAGUACCCAUUCAGAAAUCACACUUCCUGAAAACCGUUCAAAAGCAGAGUCCAGACGGGCUGGUGAUGUCACUGCCUGCAGGCUGACGCUCAGAUUCUGGUGCAUUGAGAGAAGAGCAGGGCUGCUUCAGAGCAAUGUGAAAACAGCCAGAAGCUUCGGACAGGUCUGUAAAAUGGCGGGUCCCGGAUUUACCACUAACUAGCAAAACUGACAGAAAACUCAUAGAAAAAAGUUUAAGAAUCCUUCCUGCUGGUGUGCACUCCUUACAAUAGCAGACUUUUGCAAAUGGAGUUUUACAGUCUAUAUUUAAAAAUUGUAUGUUUGUAACAAAUAAAGUAUGCGGAAAAGUGAA